UCAAAAUUAGUGUGGGAUACUAUAGCUUGCGCAAAGGUAAAUUUUUUUGUGUUUUUUUGGUGUAUAUUUGGAUUUUAGGGUUUUAACCAAAUUUGUUUAUUUUUUCAAAUGUAGGUUUGUAGUUGUUAAAUCAAGACUAAUCUUAAUCAUCCAUAAGCAUUGAAGAAAAUGGCAUCAUUUCGCGUCACUAUAGUAUGUUUUUGGAAUGGUUGUAUUAGAGAAAAUAAUGGCAAAGUUCAUUAUGUUGGGGGAAGACGUAAGUUGUUUGCUUGCAAUUCGAACAUGGAUUUGAAUCACUUUAGACGUUUUAUAUCUUCUAAGAUUGGAUUGGACCCUACUAGAGGUACCGUAAAUAUAAGCUUUAAAUAUGCCUUGAGUGGAGAAUUUUUUGCCUUUCCUGUUGAGGAUGAUGAGGCUAUAGAUGCGAUGUGGGAGCAUUCAAAGUACACCCAAAUUCCCUCUUUGGAGUUAUACGUAGAAGAAGUACCAUUAGAGAAUGUAGUUGCUUCUAAUCCUACUCCUACCCCUAUGCUUAUAGUAACUCAGGAAACUGUAAAUCCCGUCGUUUCUUCCGCAUCUUGUAUUUUUUCUCAACCCCCUACGAAUCAAGUUCCAAUUGAUUCAAUGGUUAACUUAGGAGAAAUUGCUGAGAUGGGACCUUGGGAUGAUGGAAAUGAGAGUAAUGAGCUCAUUGAUGAUCCUUCUGAUGACGAUGUGGAUGUCGAUGAGGAUGCGCUAGCAAAUGACAUGACUCUAGGCAACAUUGCUACAAUCAUUCCUCCUACACCUUAUGCCCUCUGUCCACCUUUAAACGAGUAUGCGGAGGACAGCUCAUGGAGGACUUGGGCUUGUGAUACCACAUACACCGAACAGGGAGAGUUUGAGAAGGGUAUGAUGUUUGAUAACAAGGAAUCGUUGUUGGAAGCUAUCAGAGUGUAUCAUAUUGGGAGAAAUGUGGAGUACAGAACGGAGACCUUGAACCAAACUGUCCUUUCCUUGAAGUGCAAGCGGGGUUGUUCGUGGAAACUUAGAGCUACGUUUGACUCUAAUAUAUCUUUAUGGCGUAUUGUUACCUAUAAGGGUAAGCACGGUUCUUGUGUAUUGGGUAGUGACAGUGUGUCGGCUGGACACAUUCACCUGACAUCUUCUGUCAUUAACAAUGUUAUUAGAAAUUGUGUUGCUAAAGACCCAUCCAUUAAGGUAUCUGUCGUACGUCAGAUGGUUAAAGAUCGCUUUGGUGUGGAUGUGAAUUAUAAGAGAGCGUGGUGUGCAAAGCAACAAGCUUUGUUAUCCAUUUACGGGACAUGGGAAGAGCGUCACGCGAACGCCUCUUUCUAUCGUAGGAGGCGAAGGAGACCAACUCAGUUGGAUAGGGUAAAUGAGGGUUCGUGA